AUGGCCGGAAUCCCGAGCGGCGCCGCCUCUCCCGACCUCCGCAGCGAGGCUGGCUUCGCCGCCCGUCGCCGAAAGCGCACUUUUUCCGCCCGCCCCCCCCCCGCUUCUGCUUACCAUCUCCGCCGGUUGCCGCUACAGCAGAACCUUUUACCAUUGCAGCCAGCCAUGACUGGUUUGAGGUUCCUUCUCCAAAAGGAGCUCAGGAACAGCGACGUCGGCUCGCUAGGACGAAUCGUUCUUCCUAAGAAAGAGUCAGAGGCCAAUCUUCCAAUCCUUACUGCUAGAGAGGGCAUUUCGUUGCCGAUGACCGACUCCGAGACCGCUCGAGUCUGGAGAUUCAAGUUCAGGUUUUGGCCUAACAACAAGAGCAGAAUGUACAUACUGGAGAACACUGGUGAGUUUGUGAGAAGCCAUGGACUUAAAUCAGGAGAUUUCAUCAUGCUUUACAGGGAUGAUGGGAAAGACAGAUAUGUGAUUAGAGCUAAGAAGGCAGGAACAUCGGAGCCAGCUCUCGCCUCUCUUCCAGUAAUGGAAGAUGGAAUAUUUGAUUCCAUUGUUGCAGACAUCGUGGUGGCUAGAGCGCGAUAUUCUGAUCUCUAUUUACCAUUAGCAGAUGGGAUGAACAUGUCGUUCGGUCUGAACUUUGCGUUUUCAGCAGAUUUGGUGAUGAGUUUUGGUGAUGAUAAAGUCGAGAAUAACUCGGCUGAAUCUGCUCAUAAGUUGGGAUCCAUGGAGAGCUUGAGCUUGGAUGAUCUCUACUAA